CUGCCCUGAGCUCGGCAGCUGCCCGGGGGGGGUCCCGCGGUGUCUCCCCACGGGUGGGCGCCGCUCUGCAGCCAGCCCGGGUUUGUCCGGCUGGGCGGGGCUGGGCUUCCCCGGGGAUCGCAGUCACUCCAGCCCAGCUCCUGUUCUUUGCACGCAGGUUCCUGGGGAUGGAUCCGCUCCUGCCUCGCCCGCCAGCGCCUUGAGCUUUCCUGGCCGCGCGGGGGCCGGGGUGGCUUCACGGCGAAUGUUUGCUUGGCGCAGGUAGCUCAGCUGCAGGACAGUCUAAAUCUUUAAGACCAUCUUCAAAGGGUGAAUGCAAAAUGACCAGCAGAGCUCAGUACGCAAGAUGCAGAGGGACAUCUGUCUGAACCAAGAGGACUUGAAAAUGUCUGUGUGCAGUAACUUUGUGGAGCACAUUUGGAAGCCUGGCUCCUGCAAAAACUGUUUCUACCCCAAACGUUCCCACAGGCUGCAAGCAUCUCUGGAGCUGGAAGCUAGUAACUUGCCCUCACGCACCUUGAAUGGAAUUAGAGCCAAAGCUGAGGAUACACCUCCGGAGGAUGAGUGUGUGAUUGCCACACCUUACUCAAAGCCAACGAUUGCAGUGAAGCCAACAAUGAUCAACCCAGAUGUUUCUGACGUCUGGGCGGAUGUGAAUAUGAACGCAGACAUCUCGCAGGUCAGCUGGAGAAUGGCAUCUGAAAACCACCUCAUUGUGAAGCCAGGAGAAGCACAGAGGACAUGCCUCGACCAUUUCAGCAGCUGUGCUGGGCGAAAGCCCUUCAUUCAUGAUACACCAAAUGACUGUGCACCUCAGUAUCUCCAAGCCUGCUCCAGGGAGGGCCUGCCCCGCCUGGAAAGCAGAGGGGAAAAAAAUAUGCCCUUCAACAGUUUGGUGUUGGAGAGCGAGAUGGGUGGAUGGGAGGACAGAGCUAUGCUUCGUAACAAGGAGAAGUUCGCCUGCCCACAGAGAGGGUUCUGCCACCAACCGUCCAUCUUUGCUGAUCGAAGCCCUGAUUCCACCCCAGACUCUGCUGGAUGUCCAGCCUUUCGACAAAGAGAUGGCACAGCAACGCUGUCCUCGGAGAGCAGUGACAACUGCUGUUCUCCGGGCUCUGAGAGCGGGGAGUACUGUUCAAUCACAGACUAUUGUAGAGAGAGUCCUGUCCCACCAGACGCGCCGUGUCCAGAGAGCCAGGUGGCACGGCAUGACAGUGAAAAGCCAGCCCCAAGGUGCUGGGGGCAACAAGAGACUGUGGUGAAUCCACGGGCAAAGACGAGGGCAGUCAAAUUUUGUGAAGAUGAGUGCAGGCUGUUGAACUUAGACUGGCGUUUCCAAAGGGAUCACUGUUUACAGGACUCUCUGCAAAAUAAGACACGUUCGGAGCGAAAAACAUUAGCACUUAUCUCUGGCAAUACCACCCUGUCAGACAGUGUGUUCAGCAGCAACAGUAGCAGCAGUCCCCUUGCUUUGCCCCAGGAGGACGAUUACAGUCCUCUCCUUGAGCAAUCGAGUCUCAUCCGAGACAACCCCGGGGAAAACUCAAGCGACCCUCUGAGCACCGUCCCGGCACCUCAGCGUGCCCCUCACACACAGCCUGCACACAGUGAUCCCAUUUAUGCCGAGAGCACCAAGAGAAAGAAGGCGCAGCUAAAUCAUUCUGGCGCGCAAACAAAGAGAGAGGGGCCGGCCCGCAGCCCUCUCAAAGAGCAGGCCCAGAGCCUGUGGAGAGAUGGGGUGCGGUACCUGAGCAGCGAAAGGGAAUACCAGGACUCAGCCACACAGGUAGCAGCAAAGAUUACUAUUAUGGCAGCGCACACAGAGGAGGAUAACAGGACAAUAUUUCUGAGCAGCCCAGACUCAGCUGUUGGGGUCCAAUGGCCCUGUGCUAGCCCCAUCUCUCAUCCAGACUUUGCAAUCCCUUCGCCUUCCUUUGGGCACAGAGAGGGCUCUCAAGCCGGCAGUGAGACGGGUUCGGGUGAAAGCAGUCCAAGGUUUCACCAGCAAAUGCACAGCAAGGGCAUCGUUAAUGAGAGUCCCACUGUUCCCCCAAAGAUAUGCACGAGCAACCCGCCUGGCAGCGAGGGGACUCCCAGACCGUCAGUCAAGCCUCCUGGGGCAGAACUCUGUGACGGUAAUGGUACAGAUCCUAGCGCCUUGGGGACACAGCCUUCUCUCUGCUCUCAUAGUAACAGGGUCUCUGCCGAGGAGCCCCACAGGGGUCCUCCAGGCUCAUCCUGUGAGAGGAGGCAUAAAUACUACUGUGCAGGAUGGAGCAGGCAGUGCCGGAUAGAGGAGGAAGAGGAGGAAGAACAGGGCUUUUUAACCUGCACACAGGCCAGGGAAGUGGAGAAUGGAACAGCUUGUCCCCAUCCCGUGGAAGACUGCUCUGGGCAGGAAAAAAAGACUGGGAUGAGCAAAUCAGCAUCUUUUGCUUUUGAUUUCCCGAAAGGCAGCAGUGAAACUGAGGAAUUUGCACCACCACCUCCACCUCCAAAGAAACAGCCCAGGCACGCUUUGAAAAUGAACAAGAGUAGCUCUGAGCUGGAGAAGGUUAGCAAUGGCUCUUCAGAGAGCCUCAGCCCACCUUUCCGAGGGAUCCACGUCAGCUUCGUGGCUGGCUCCACAGACAGCCUCAACUCUGACACAAGGACUGCCAGUGAUGAAGGCUCCAAUGAGGACAGGUCUCAGGGCACACCUCUACAGCCACCCCCUCUGCCACAGAAGAAAACAGUAAGCCGAGCGGUUUCAUCACCUGAUGGCUUUUUCUGGGGCCAAGCCUCUCUGGGUAGAACAGCAAAUCCCACCAGCCCCAGACUGAACAUCAGUCACUCCGAAAGCAACGUCUGUGUCCGAAGGGAAUCCCCGUUCGGCUACUCCUCUCACGUGGGACGCAACCACCACGCAUUCUCCUCCUCUGAAUCUCUGGAAAACGCCUGCAAAGGAAAUGGCCAUUGCGAUCCGACUUCGAACAAGAGCAGUAGCGCCUGCCUCCAGAACAGAAACCUGCCGCCAUUUUCAUCCUGUCAGCUCGGUGUGUCCAGCCAGGUUUCCUCAGUUUCCAGCCUUCAGCUCCACAAUCUGCUCAGCAAUAUUGACAGCAAGGAGGGGGUGUAUGCCAAAUUAGGGGGGCUUUAUGCAGAAUCCUUGCGCCGCCUCGUUGCGAAAUGUGAAGACUGUUUUAUGCGUGAUCAGAAAAAUGAACUGCAUUUCAAUGAGAACAACUGGUCUCUUUUUAAGCUGGCAUGCAACAAGCCCUGCUGUGUUUCUGGGGAUGCCAUCUAUUACUGUGCCACCUGCUCGAAGGACCCUUCCAGCACCUAUGCAGUGAAGAUUUGUAAAACUCAAGAAUCCAAAGUGUCUGCUUCGUACCACAGCCCCUCGGUGCCAGUUCACUUCAACAUCCAGCAGGACUGUGGGCACUUUAUAGCCUCUGUACCCUUCAGCAUGUUGCUCUCCUCUGACGCAGCAAAAAGCACUUCUCCGGAUGGCCCUGGCCUCUCCUGCUCUGCCAGCGAGCGGGAUUGCGUGGUCGUCAUCACCCGUGAAGUGCCCCACCAAACCGCAGCCGACUUCAUGAGGGAUGCGGCAACUUGCCAUCAAACCAAGCCGGAGGUGUACGAGCGGCGGGUGUGCUUCCUGCUCCUCCAGCUCUGCCAGGGCCUGGAGCAUCUGAAGGAGCAUGGCAUCAUACACAGAGAUCUUUGUCUGGAAAACUUGCUGCUAGUUCACUGCAAGCCUCUGACUGGCUGCAGUAAAACCAAAGAUGAAAAGCACUUGCCCAGGAUCAUUGUGAGCAACUUUUUGAAGGCCAAGCAAAAACUGGGUGCCGGGGACUCCAAACUGAAAAAGAGCCAGGCCCGGCUGGCCCCAGAGAUUGUGUCGGCCUCUCAGUACAAAAAGGUUGAUGAAUUUCAAACAGGCAUCCUCAUCUAUGAACUUCUCCACCAGCCCAACCCUUUUGAGGUGAGGGCCCAUCUCAGGGAACAGGAGUACAGCCAGGACGACCUCCCCCCACUCCCCAGCCUGUCCAUUUACUCCCGCGGACUCCAGCAACUCGCUCAUCUGUUGCUGGAAGCCGACCCGAUCAAACGCGUCCGCAUCACAGAGGCAAAACGGAUCCUGCAGUGUCUGCUCUGGGGUCCCAGGAAAGAUUUAACAGACCAGCCUCUUAACCACGAAGAAGCCCUCUACGGUGCUCUCCAGAACUGGAUCGACUUGAAACGCGCUCUGCUGAUGAUGAAAUUUGCAGAGAGGGCAGUGGACACUGAGCGGAGUGUCGAACUGGAGGACUGGCUCUGCUGUCAGUAUUUAGCGUCUGCAGACCCAGCUUCCCUCUUUAACACACUGAAACUCCUUCAGCUUCUCUGAUCUCAAAAGCAUUGCGAACCGAGCAGCAGCAACAAGGAAAAUGAAAGAUGUUUCUAAGGCUGAUGUUCACUCACCAGUAAUGGUACAAGUCACUUUCACACUGAUGGCAGAUCACUUACUAAGAACAAGAUGCAAUCUUUCUCCCCCCCAAAAAACAAAACAAAACAAAAUCUGUGUACAUUUCAGGUUAAUUGCAUUGUUUUGAAUACCAUAAACUGCAGACAAACAAAAACCGGCUGCCUGCUAUUUUGGUAUGGUAACUCUUUAGGCAAAUAAAAACUUGUGCAUAUGUAUGUUUCCU